GAGCGAUAUUAAGUGAUAAAUCCGCUAAAAUUUUCGCAGCAAGAGGAUGAUAUGUAAGAAUGUGGAUGUAUAGAUAUUUAAGCCUACUAAUAUUUACUACAAAAAUUCCCAUUAAUUAAUCUGAGGAAAGCAGCAAGACAACAACCAAUGGGCCGUAUAUUAUCAACUGUGUACAGCCGAAAUAAUGAAAGUUAGCAGUUUCAUCACGAUUUCCAAAUGCUUUAUUAAUAUUUGAUUAUAAUCUAAACGAAACAAGUUAUGUUGUUAACACGGGUAUCAGCAAGGCACCGAAUUAAAUAAAUCGGAGAAAUUCGUCAGAAAGUAGCUAAUGAACAAACGAAAAUCAAAAAAUAUGUUGUGAGUCUAGCUCAUUUAGUUAAAAACCAGAAGUAUGAAACAAACGUUUAAUAAGUGAUGAACUAGGUAAAUAACAGGUAGUGUAAUUAGCAUUCAGAGUAAAUAAAAGAUGAUAUACUCGAUUAAGCUAAAAUAAAUGGAGAGACUUACCGCAACCUCCUUUUGAAUAUACAACUCAUAUGACGUUUCGAUGGUGAUAUUCCCUCAGCAGUUCGAAAAAAUUCACUACGCUUUUCGUCUAACAGUUUAUAGGAAUUCGGUGUGUCUGCAUGAUGUUCUUCGCCAGCCAAAUUUCUCAUGGUUGUAAUGACUACAGAUUUACAAGAUGUUCGGUGUGUGAUCUGAAUAAUUUGAAAAUUGUGCAUCUCUUCGAUUAUGAAUUACUUUUGGCCCAUUUCUCUCUUUACAGGUUCCCCUGCAAUGUCACAACCAACUAUUGCAAGUUACGAAAAUGCCAGCAAAGUAGCAGACCACAUCAAGAAGCAAAUACAAAUAGUGCCAGAGAUAGGAAUAAUCUGUGGAAGUGGGCUCGGUAACUUGGUUGAUGUAAUAGAAGAUAAAACUGUCAUUCGAUAUGAAGACAUACCGGAUUUCCCCCGGACAAGCGUGGUCGGACAUGCGGGCAAUCUAGUUUUCGGUAAACUUGGAAAUCGUGAAGUGGUUGCCAUGCAAGGCAGGUUCCACAUGUACGAAGGUUACUCUAGAGAACAAAUCGCUCUUCCUAUUCGCGUGUUGAAAUUUUUGGGAGUCAAAGUGCUUAUAGUAAGUAAUGCAAGUGGUGGUCUGAACAGAGGUUUCAAAUGUGGUGAUUUCAUGGUGAUUAAGGAUCAUAUAAACCUGCCAGGUAUGGUCCUGAAUAAUGUACUCGUAGGACCAAAUGAAGAGAAGUUUGGGCCCAGAUUCUUAGCAACCUCAAACGCAUACAACCCCGAAAUUCGUAAAUUGGCCAUUCAAUUAUCUGAGAAAAUGAAUAUUCGUCAUUUGGUUCAUGAAGGUGUAUAUGCUUUUUCUUCUGGUCCAACAUAUGAAUCGGCUGCUGAAAGUAAAAUGCUUCUCGCACUGGGUGCAGACGUGGCUGGUAUGAGUACAGUGCCAGAAGUGUUAAUUGCACGUCAUUGUGGAAUGACUGUCUUCGCUGUUUCAUUGGUUACAAAUGUGUGUAUUCUCGAUGUAGAGAGUAAGGCAAUAGCCAAUCAUGAGGAGGUUGUGGCUACUGCAAAGAAAAGUGCAGAGAUUUUACAAUUAUGGAUCAAGGAAAUAAUAAUCAAUGUUUCAAUUAAUAAUUAACUGACUAACAAGGACGAAAGUAAAUGUUGAUGGUUUCACUCAUCUUCUGCCCAAAUCAAUUCAUCCCCGCUUACUGCUUGCAUGCAUUCUGUUUGAAUGAUUCUCAUGUUAUUGUAUGUGACCUAACAUAAAACACAAUGACUGUGUUGCUAUAGGUGCUGUAUCUUGUGGCUAUUUCCAACAUCUUCACAGUUAUGCAAAAGAACACACAAAUGAAGUCAACACAAUACAUAACUUCGCCAAUAAUUGUUCUUAGAUUUGUGUGAAUUUCACUUUUGUCCUGUAUUGCACAUACUAUUCUGUAAGUGCACCAUAUUUUUACUGUAAACUAAAAAGUUUUUAAUAAAAGUUUU